UCUGGCGGCGCGUCUGUGACGUAAUCCCGCGCGACGCACGCUAGCGCGUUUGCGUCAGCGCAGAAGUGCCAGCAUGGCGUUCACUCUGUACGCGCUGAUUCAAACAGCGAUAUUAUUAACUAAUGCCAUUGCGGUGCUCCACGAAGAGAGGUUUCUCAGUAAAAUCGGCUGGGGAGCAGAGCAGAGUAUUGGAGGUUUUGGAGAUGAACCCGGCAUUAAAGCACAACUUCUGAACCUUAUUCGCUCCGUCAGGACUGUGAUGAGAGUUCCUCUGAUAGCAGUAAAUGCAGUGUGUAUCGUCUUAUUAUUACUGUUUGGAUGAAGAAAGAACCGAUGGAUUGCGGUGGAUCAGGAUCUGUUGUGGAACACAGUCAAUCUGGCAAAGGAAAAUGGACCGUUUUUGUAUCCGUGGUUCUCAAUGUUGCUCUCCUAUGUCUGUACCCAGAAUGAUUUGAUGUCAGUACUCUGGUAGUUUUUUACGAAACAAAUACCAGUAAACAUUUUUCCUUUUUUAAUUUUGUAACUUUACAGAAGCUCCUGUGUCUGUACAUGCUGUUUUUGUAACAUUUAAGGUGUGGUAAAGUGUCGAUUCCUCAGGCAUUCAUGUGUUUCUUAGAACAAGCAACAAUGAAAUCAGUCAGAUGGGUCUGCCGAAGCCAUUCAGAUUGUUAUAUAUAUAUAUAUAUAUAUAUAUAUAUAUAUAUAUAUAUAUAUAUGAAUGUUAAGUUCUCCAAAACUAAUCUUCCAUUUCAAAGACAGCUUGGAAAAUAAAUGUUGUGUUUAAUAUAUUUAAAGGCCUAUUGAUAAAGUCUGAAUUUUAAUAAAGAUGUGCUCACUAUACUGAGAUGUAGUGUUACUAAGGAUUUAAAAUACAACAUCUUUGGUCAGACGUGUCUGAAAUGUUUGACCAAAGUAGCCUCUAGCUUUAAGAGCCAGUCAUUUCACAUUUCAGGUUUUGAUGGAGUGAUUGUGUCUUUCCAUCUGUUAUUAAUGUGUCAAUGUUGUGCCUUUUUUGUUUUAGAAUAAGUGCAUUACACUUCUAAUAAUUUUGCUGCCGAGGAUCAGUCAGCAUGUAUUAAAUCAGAUGGUUUAAUGUUAUUUUUUUGAGUAGGUUAUGUGAUUAGAAGCAUAUGGAGUCCAUUAACAACACUAGAUUAGUCCAUUAGGAUUAAACUACCUUUUUAUUAACAGUAGCCCAGACCACAGGAUAAAACGCUGAAUUACAACCAUAUGUUCAGAGCAGCGAUUAAAGCCUGACCCUUUUUUAAUCUAUGCUUAAUAGUUAUUACCAAAGAUGAUGUGUCUUUAUACUUCUCCAAUCCCAGGAUUUAUAUUAUCGCAGAGAAAAAUAUUUUUGGCAGCAAGGUUAUAGCUUAUAUAUUAAGGUAAACGUAUUUGUGUGUGUGUUUAUGACUUAUUUUUGUGCAUUAAUCAUGAAUAGUAAAACAACAACAGCAACACAUUUCCAAUAUCUGUAUAAGAAAGAUAUGAUGUUCUCAGUGCUUUUUAAUCUGCUAUUAAAAUAUCCAGCGUA